AUGUCGGACCAACCGGACUUCGUCGUUGAAAGUCUAAGACAGGAGCGAUUAAAUGUUCAAAAGAAAACUUUUACGAAGUGGGCUAACAUUCAUCUACAAAAGUAUGGUUUGCAAAUUGAUGAUUUGUUUCGAGAUUUGGGAGAUGGCUUGAGACUGAUGAAGCUCUUGGAAGCUUUAACAGGAGAAAAGUUAGGGAAACCUGCGAAAGGCAAUGCACGAAUCAACAAGAUAGAGAAUGUCAGCAGAUGUCUUGUUUUCUUGCACAGUAAAAAGAUGAGACUGGAAAACAUUUCCUCAGAGGACAUUGUGGAUGGAAAACCGCACUUAAUACUGGGACUACUAUGGACAAUCAUUUUGCGCUGUGAGAUAUGGCAAAACCAAAACUCAGUCAAUGUAAGUACAACGCAGGAAGUUCAGCCUGACAAUCAGCAAUAUUUGCCAGUUCAAAAGAUCGCUAAAGAUUCUUUGUUAUUAUGGUGUCAGACUAAAACAAAUGGCUAUCCAACAGUGAAAGUCAAAGAUUUUCAUCGAAGCUGGCGAGAUGGUUUAGCAUUCAACGCUCUCAUUCAUUCUCAUGUUCCUUCAUUGGUGAAUUUUCACGAUCUCAAACCACAUGAACACAUCAUUAAUUUAGAAAACGCUUUCUCAACUGCGUCAAAACAUAUUGGUGUGCCAAGACUUUUGGAUCCAGAAGAUGUGGAUACUGAUAAUCCCGAUGAAAAAUCGAUUUUAAUUUAUGUUUCAACUCUGUCUAAGGGAUUAGCAAGCGUUCGAAAAGGAGUGACUGCUGGUAAACGAAUCUCAAACGUUGUUAUGAAAAUAAUUGAAAAUGACAAGCUUAAAACUAAUUUUAGCAAAGAAGCCAGAAAUCUGGUCGAGUGGGUUAAUAAAAAAGUGAACGAAUUUUCUAGUCUACCUCCGCUUCAAUCACUGAAAGAAAUCCAAGAAGAAAUAUCUAAUUUCAAAGAUUAUAGAAUAAAAGAAAAACCGAAAAGAUAUGAUCAAAAAAAUGAAACUGAGGCCUUAUUAUUUGCAAUCCAAAUGAAAAGAAUAGGACUGGUACCUUGGAAACCAGCUGAGGAAAUUUCUCCUGCAUCGAUGGAAAGAGCUUGGAGGAAAUUAGAAAGAGCCGAGCACGAGCAUGAAAUCAGCAUUCGAAAUCAACUGAAAGAGCAGGAAAGAUUAGAAAAUCUAGCGUACAAGUUCGAGUCAAAGAGAUCUGUCAGAAAGGGCUAUUUAAACGAAAUGAGGAAUGUACUCACUGACCCAAACUAUGGAGCGAAUGUCAAACAGGCAGAUGCAACAUUCCGAAAACAUGAAGCCAUUCGAACUGGAAUACUUUCACGAGAAAUUAUGCUGAAAGAUUUGUUUAAAGUUGCUGAUGUUCUAGUUGAUUCCAAUUACCGGAAAAAAAGUGACAUCAUUGCAUGGAAACAAGAAACAGAAGAAAAUUGGAAAUAUGUAUUGCGUCUUCUUGAUGCAUAUGAUGAGAAAUUUGCUCAUUUGAGACAAGUAAUCAGUAAUUUAGAAGAAACAGAUGCCAUAUUAGAAGAAAUGAAGCAAAUGCAGGAAGAAAUCAAGUUGGAAAGUGAUUUUUUAGACAUAGAUUCUUGUCUUCAAAGACAAGCUGUUAUGGAAGUACAAGUAGCAUCUUGGGGAGAAGCUAUGAAACGUUUAGACUCAAAGAUAGAAACACAGGACAAAAUGAAGGAUGCUCAAGUACUUCAAAUACAACUAAGCAAACUCAGACAAACUUACAAAAACUUACAAGAAAUUUUAGUGGUCAGAAGAGAUCGACUUGAAGAACUUCAUAAGUAUAAGGAACAGCUGGAAAGAAUGGAAGAAAUGCUAGCUUGGAUAUCAGAGAAGCAAAUGUUUUGUUCUUCAGAUUUAAAUUGCAAAGAUCUAGCAAGUGCUUUGCUUCUGCAGAAGAAGCAUAAGGCAUUAAGUUUAGACAUAAAGCUACGUAAAGAAGUUUCUGAGGAUAUACGGGAAGAAAGACUUUACAAAGCACUAGAAGAGCUGGAGAAUUCUUGGAAAUUAAAAGACAACAUUUUAGAUGUCAUAGUUGAAUUUUAUCAGUUUCAUGCAGAUGCAAAUGAUGCUUCAUCGUGGAUAUCAGAGGAAAUGCAUUUACUUGAUAGCCUAGAAUAUGGUACUGAUGAACUAACAUGUGAAGCUUUGCUUCGUCGCCACAUUAACACAGAACGAGAAAUUUCUGCCUACUCAAAAGAAAUCUCUAACUUAAGAAAAGAAGCAGAAAGAAUUGAUAAAUCUUUAUCCCAUAGGACACAAAAACGGAAUAAACGAUUGCAGCAAUCCUGUAUGUAUUUCCGUUUUAAGAACUGCUGCGAAGAGAUGGAAGAUUGGAUGCGAGAAAAGGAGCGAAUUAUGGAUACUAGUGAGUUUGGAAAUGAUGCCGAAAAAGUGGAAAAAUCAUUUGAGGAGUUUAUUACAGACUUGGCUGCACAUGGUAUAAUGUUUGAUCAGUUAAAAUGUUUAGCUGAAAAGUUACAAACAGAGAAUUUUGACCAAGAGCAAACAGUCACUAUUAUGUUUGAAGAUGUUCAAAGACGAUGGCAACACUUAAAUGAGCUUACAAACUUGAAAGAAAGAAAUCUGAAAGGUUUUACAAGCUUACUAUUGGCUCAGAGAAUGUGUGAUGAAGCAAGUGCUUGGCUAGUUGAUAAGGCCCAAAUGCAUAGUCCUGAAGUUGUGGAUGAUAUUACUAGUUUUGAAAUUCUCCAAAGAAGGCAGGAAGCACUGGAAAAAGAGCUUGCUCCAGCUGAAGAAAGAGUGAAGCAAGCAAUAAUUAUAGCUGAAAAUGUUUCCAACUCAUACCCUGAUCAGAGAGAUACAAUACAAUUUCGUGUUCGUGAGUUAGAAGAAAAUUGGAACAAUUUGCAGAUCAAAACAGAAGAACGAAAACAAAAGCUGGAAGAAUUAGCUGGUUACCAUAUAUUCAUGGGAAGUGCUAAUUCAUUGUUGGAAUGGUCAAAGGUCAUGAUUCGCAAACUAAGCAUGCGAGAAAAAAUAAGUGAUAUGGGCGUCGCAGAAAGUGUGGCUAAAGAACAUGAUAAUUUUAUGGAACAGAUUAAUGCUCAAGAAGAUCGAUUCCAAGAAGUGAAAAGGCUUGGAGAAAUAGUUUCAGCUACAGAACCUGAAAUUAUUCCACUGUUAGAACAGCUUCAAGAAGCAAGAAGCUCGGUACAUUGUUUAUGGGCAGAAAAAAAAACUUGGCUUCAGCAAACUUUGGAUCUGCAAAUAUUCAACAGAGAAGCAAACCAGCUGCAAAGCAUGGCUUCUGGACAGGAUUCCUUGCUCGAAACUGCAGAUUUAGCAGAAACAUUGGGGGAUAUGGAAAUUUUAAUGAAGCACCAUGAAGCUUUUAUGGAUACAUUUCAAGUUCAAGGCAACAGAUAUGAAGCUUUUAAACACAUGGCAGAGAGUUUAAUUGCAGCUGGGCACCCUGAAGAAGAAUAUAUACACAACCGCCGGAACCACAUUCUGAGUCUACGAAGGAACAUUGAGACUAAAGCUCAAGAGCGCAAACAGCUUCUUGAAGAAUUGCUAAGUUUUCAACAGUAUAAAGUAUGGGCUCAAGAGAUGAUAUCCUGGAUUUAUGAAAAGGAUAAGCAAGUAUCUGAUUUGUUAAAAGGCGAUUACACUUCAAAUAUAUCUUAUAAAAUGAAAAGACAACAGACUUUUGAAGCUGAACUUGCUGCCAACCAAAAUGGACAAGAACUCAUUUGUUCUCGAGGACAAGCAAUGUUGCAAAGUAAUAUCCAAACUCGUGAGUCUAUAACCCUAAUUAUUGAAGAAUUGAAUCAGGCAUGGAAUGAGCUCUGUGAGAAAAUGGAUAGAAAUCGACAAACUCUCUUUCGAGCCAAAGAAUUGCGUGAUUUUUACAUUUCAGUUGACUAUUUGGAAAAUAAAAUUGCAGAGCUUAACCGUGUGGCAACCUCAUCAGCCUUUGGACAAAAUUUAUCCAGCGUCAAACAGCUGUUAAAUAAUCAACAAAGUCUUGAAAAUGAAUAUGAAAAAUUGAAAUUGAAAGUUUCUGAUUUGAUUCAAGAAAGCAAUAUGCUAUUAGAAGACAAUCCUGACAAUGAUGAUACACGAAACGAUGUCAAAAAUGCAGCUGAAAGUUUACAAAGAAAAUUAUACUUAACUGCUUUUUUUUAUCAAAGCUUUCAGGAAGUACAGCCUUCUCUCAUGACAAGACGUGAAAAAUUAGAGAAGUGCUUAAAGUUUCUUCAAUUCAAAGCCGAAGUUGACCGGGAAUUGUUGUGGAUAUUAGAUCAAAUAGCUACUCUAUCAACUGAUACUAUGUGUAGGAACCUUUUAGAUGCUCAGAAGUUGCAAAAAAAGUUUGAAAAUGCUGAAGUUUGGAUUGAAAGUCACCGAACAGUCAUUGAAAAACUUCUUUCAGAAGUUCUUGUGUUAAUAACAGAUGCAGAGUGUCCCCCUGAAGUAAGUGAAGUAAGCAAGUCUUGCAGACUAAUGGAAGAAAAGUGGAAUGAGUUAUUACAAAUAUUUGCUGCCAAGAAAGAAGUUGCAAGCUCAAUUCUCAGAGCAGAAAUGUUUUACUGUGAAGCUGGAGAAAUUGACUCAUGGAUAUCAGAGAAACUGCAAGUUCUAAGUAAUGCUGAUUACGGAAAGGAUGCUGAUGCAGUUAUUAAACUUCUAACUAAGCAUCAGGCUUUGGAACUGGAAAUUGAUUCUUACAAAGGUCUAGUGGAUGAACUUGCAAAUCAAGCAAAUGCUCUUGUUGAAUCCAAGCAUCCUGAUUCAAAAAUUAUCAGGAAUAGAAUGGAAGUAAUUGACCAAGAGAUGAAGAAUAUACAGAAACUGUGUUCAGUUAGACGUCAAAAGUUAUUGGAGUCCAAGAGCCGUCAUGAAUUUAACAAUGAAACUGAAGAGCUUAAAUCUUGGAUUAAUGAACAAAUGGCUGAGGCUAUAUCAGAAGACUAUGGGGAAGACUAUGAGCAUGUUCUGAUACUUCACAGCAAUUUUGAGUUCUAUCGCAACAGAGUAGAGUUGGGCUCGAAGCGUAUUAUUCAGUAUGAAGAUUUAGCCAAGAGACUAAUCAACAGCAACUGUUUUUUUGUAAAUGAUGUGAAAAAUGGCAUGGAAUAUUUAAGUUCACGUUGGUCUGAGUUAGUGGAAUGCAUUGAAGCUAGAGCCUUCAAAAUGGAAGCUGCUGCUGAAAUUCAUCGCUAUCAUCGAGAUGUCACUGACAUAUUAUCACGCAUUCACAACUACUAUAAAGGAGUGCCACAGGAUCUUGGCAACAACCUCAUUCAUGUGCAAGACCUUAUAAAGAAGCAUGAUACUACAGAAAAUGAACUUCUGGGAAUUGAAGCCCAAGUUCACCUGUUACUUGAAGACAGCCAGCGACUUCAAGAAACAUACCCCGGUGGGAAUGAAGAACAUAUACAAAUGCAAUUAGCUCUUGUUAUUGAAAAUUGGAACUUGCUUCAGAAAAAGGUUUCUUCAAGAAAGAGUCAGCUGCUUGCAUCUCAAAGUAUUCAUAAGUAUUUAGCAUUGGUACGUGAAGAAGAAAAUUGGGCUAAAGAAAUUUGCUUUGAAUUACAGUCUGAAGCUGUCCCAAGAGAUAUAGAAUUAAUGGAAAAUGAUCUUCGAGUUCUUGGAAUGGAAAUGGAGUCAAAAUUUAGUCUUUUUCAACCGUUGUAUGAGCAAGGAGAAAGUCUUCUUGAACAUGACAUAUUGCAACAACAAAUCAAAGAAAAGCUGAAGUCACUGUCUGAGUUACAAGAGCGAGUGAAGAAAGCCUGGGAGAGAAGAUCAGUUUUAGUUCAACACACAAAACAGAUCUCACUAUUUUUCCGUGACGCAAAGCAAAUCCAGGCUUCCAUUGCAAAAUGUGAAGUGCAAUUGUGUGGUAGUGAAAACAAAGAAACUGUUGAAGAUAUUGAUAAUGCCCUAAAGAAACAUUUAGAAUUUCAGAAAACGAUGGAAAUACGGGAAGAAAAGUUCUUGACAUGGAAAGAACAGGGAGAAUCUUUACUGCAUCAACAAGUACCUGAAAGUGAGAGAAUCGGGAAAAAAAUCGAAGAACUAUCUGUCAGGAGAAAAAGAUUACUAGAUUUCAGUUCUGAGCGAAGCCAGAUUCUUUCAGAUUCUUUGAAGUAUGCAAAAUUCAAAAGAGACACCAUAGAGGCAGAAGCAUGGAUUAAGGAGAAGAAAAAUAAGUUGCGAACAUUGAAAGAUUACAAUCACUUGGGAACCGAGGAAAAAAUCAAAUGUCUUCAGAAACAACAGACAGUUCAGGCAGAACUGGAAGCUCAUGAGCCAGUGAUGAACCAGCUGAUUGAUGAAAGCAAGGAGCUGCAACUUUCUGGGGAAGAAGUUCAAGUUCGUUUACAACUUAUUUUAGAGGACUGGGAAGAAGUGAAAGAAAAUGUUGCUCGUAUGGGAAGUGAUUUAGAAGAAGCAAGGGAAAUGCUUGUUAUACAUGGCUAUUUUGAAAAGGCCGACACUUGGAUAAAGGAAAAGGAACUAAUGAUUCAAGCCAAUGAAGUUGGAAAAGAUUAUGAACAUUGUUCUGUUCUUCAAUCGAAGUUAAAUGAUACACAUACGAAUGUGAAACUAGAUGAGCGUGUUCUGGAAGAAAUGAAACAACUGGCUAAGAAACUGGCUAGAAAAGAGCACCAAAAAGGGGUUUAUGACCGCUAUGAAAGAAUCAGUGAUAGGUACAAUUGGCUGAAAGACGAAAUUCUGCUCUAUAACAAAAAACUGAAAGAUGCGGCUGAAGUUCACUUGUUUAUGAAAGAUGUUGAUGACACAAUUGAAAGAAUAAGGGAGAAGUCACUCAUUCUACGAUCAAGAGAGGAAGUGAAAGAGCUCAAUGUUGUCGACGCUAUGCAAAGAAAGUUAGAGUCCAUCGAAAAAGACCUUUCUGCUCUGAAGGAGAAAAUGAAAAAACAAGACAACGAGGCCGAGUAUUUGGCAGAGAAGCAUGAACUGUCAGCUGGAAGAAUUCAUGAUAAAAUUAAUGAAGCUCAACGAGAAUGGGUGACACUUGAAGAACAGUUGAAUGAAAAGAAAGGUUAUAUUGAAUAUGCAUAUACAUGCCUUAAGUACAUAAAAGAUGCAAAUGAUUUAGUGAAAAUAAUAAAUGAAGUGAUAGCUGAAAUGGAGUUUGGAGAAAUGCCUGCAACUAGUUCUGAUGGCCAAAGUCUUAUAAGGGCGCAUUUUGAUUUGAAAACAGAAAUAGAUAGGCGCCAAGAUGAAAUAGAAAUGCGAGAGAAAAAGGGCAACCAACUUCUUCGGGAACCCGGUGCAUUUGUAAAAGAUAUUGAAAAUAGCCUGAAGUUGUUAGAAGCAGCAAAUAGAGCCUUGGUUGAAACUUGGGAAAAUAGACUAUCACUUCUGACUCAAACACGUGACUUACAGGCUUUCAUAGAAAAAGCAAAACAAGUAGAAAACUGGUUGUCUUCAAAAGAGGCUUAUCUAACAAACAAAGACAUUGGGGACUCCAUGUCAAGUGUUGAAGCACUCAUUAGAAAACAUGAGAACUUUGAGGAAAGCUUCUUCAAUCACUUUGAGAAAACCCGUGAACUAGAAGCAAUGGCAAAUGAUCUUAAGGAUCACCCUGACUAUGAGCUUAUUGAAUCUUGGUGGGAAGAAAUUUGUCGCAAAAGAGAUUUUAUACAGGUUGCUUGCAAGCGUCGUAAAGAAACUCUGUAUGAAGCGAAGUCACUUCAACAGUUGCUUCUAAAUGUAUAUGAAGUUUCCAACUGGAUGAAUGAGAAAAUUAAAGUGGCAUCUGAUGACUCUUAUAAAAAUCUAACAAAUAUCUUGAGUAAAACACAGAAGCAUGCUGCUUUUGAAGCCGAAAUACUUGCAAAUCACUCUAGAGUUGUAGAUGUUACAACCAAAGCUGUACAACUUAUAGAUGGAGGGCAUUUUGCAGCAACUGAAAUACGACAAUACAUAGAAAGUCUAGAAAACUUAUGGGGUCAACUCAUGGAAGCAACUAAUCUUCAGAAAGAGCACUUAGAAGAAGCUAAUAACGCCUUGCAAUUUAAGCAUAAAAUUGAUGACAUAAACUCUUGGCUGGAAGAAAUAGAUGCACAAAUAAGCACAAAGGAUUUUGGUUCUGAUGUUGUAUUAUUGCAGCAACAUAUAAGUAAAAAUCAGGAAAUUCAAAAAGAAGUUGAAGAAUAUGCAGAAAACUUUAAAAUGUUAAACACUUUUGCCGAAAAUUUUCAAAAAUCUACACACCUUCCUACAGAUGAAAUAUUGUCCAACUUCAAGAAUGCUGUUCAAAGACUGCAUGCGGUGGAAAAUGCUGUCCAAGAAAGAGAAAUGAAACUACAUGAGGCACUCUUCUUAGCUAGGCUAGACACUGAUAUCAAUGAUGAGCUUUCUUGGAUUGAAGAGAAUACAGCAGUUUGUGAUUCAGAUGACUAUUUUGAUGAUCUGUUGACAGUUCAAGCACUACAAAAAGAGUUACAAGCUCUAGAAACUGAAAUGCAAUCUCGAGAAAGGCUCAUUUUUUCUGUGAUUGAAAGAGGAAGAAGGUCAGAUGAUUCUACAGCAGAGGCUAAGGUGAAAUAUUUAGAAGAAAGACUUCAACAAUUGAAAGAUUCAAUAAGUCUGAGGCGACUGAGAUUGGCUGAUGCAUUGGAAGCUCAGACGUACUUCUUUGAAGUUGCUCAAGCAGAAAUGUGGAUAAAAGGAAAACUAGCUCUGAUAGCAGGAUAUGACCCUGAGCGGGAUAUCUAUUCAGUUCAAGCUGUUCAAAAAAAGUUAAAAGCGGUAGAAGCAUCAAUUGAUGGAUAUCGUCACAACAUCCUUUCUUUGCAAGAAUUCAGUGCAAAUUUGUCUUCCAGGGGACAUUUUGAUAGUGAAAAUAUUGAAAAGAAACAGGAAGAAUUAAAUGAUCAUUUUGAAAUGAUCCGAGAGAUAGUUCUGAAGCAGACAGCUGUUCUACGGGAAAAAGAAGACUAUUAUUUAUUUGAAAAAGAAGUUAAAGAAGAACUAUCUCAGAUUAAUACAAUAUUAAAUGUUGCAAAUUCAUCUGAUCAAGGCAAUGAUGUUGAACACGUUGAGUCCUUACUACAAAAAUUUGAUGUCUUCCGCAACAAGUUACAUGCACACGAAAUCAACGUGACAGUUUUACAACAAACAGCAGAAUCUCUUAUUGCAGAAGGGCAUUCAGAAUCUCAAAGCAUAAAAGAGCUUUUACAAGAACUACAGACAACUUGGAUGCAAUGCAAUGAAGCGGCAGAUUACCGGUACAAAGUUCUAGAAAAAGCCAAACUUAUACAUACUUUCAACAAAAGUGUAGAUGAAACCGUGGGUUGGAUUUAUGAAAAAGACAUUGCACAUUCUUCAGAAGAUUAUGGUCAUGACCUAGAAAGUAUAAAAACAUUACUCGGACAUCAUGAAACAUUAGAAGGUGAUCUGAAAGCUAUUGAGGAACAAGUACAAGCAUUGGAGCAAGAAAUGGAGACUUUGUCAUCUCAAUUUCCAGACAAUAAAGAAGCACUUCAAGAUAAGCUCAAUAUGGUAACUUAUUCUUGGCAAAAAUGCAAAGAAAAAGCAUCUGUAAGAAGAGAGAAACUUCUUCAGGCAGAACAACUACAGUCAUACUUUGAUGAAGCAAGGGAUUUUCAUGCUUGGACUCAAGAAAUGUCUGCUCUGAUUACGAACAAUGAGAUGCCUGGUGAUGUUUCCGAUUGUGAAAAUCUCAUAGCACAGCUCGAUGGCUAUAAAACAGAAAUUGAUGCUCAGACUCGAUCUUUCCGUCAUUUUGAAAUACGUGGAAAUGACAUUAUUGAUAGGGGGCAUUUUAUGGCAGAUGAUAUUCGUGCAAAAAUUAACUCUUCAAAGUCUUCUUUAGAAGAACUCCAACGAGUCUGGGAAGAAAGGAGAAAAUUAUAUGAACAAUGUUUAGACCUACAGUUGUUUAAGAAAAAACUGAAGGAGUUAGAAGCAUGGUUGCAAAGUAAAGAACAUAAUCUUGCACAUGAAGAUGGAGAAUCGAUUGAAGAAGUUGAAUAUCUUCUGAGAAAACAUGACCAAUUUGAGAAAAUGAUACAAUUGUAUGAAAACAAGUUUGAAGAACUCAUUGAAUCAACUAAGCUAGAACAAGAAGUUUCCCAUAGAAGAGAUGAAGAACAAAAAGCAAAAAUUGUACAAGAGAAGUUGUUAGAGCAACAAAAACUAGAUGAUAUCAAAAGAAAAGAAGAAGAUAAGUUGUUAGAGGAACGAAAAAGGUUGAGAGUUGAAACUGACGCAUUGUCAAGAAUAGAAUCAGAUGAAGAAUUCCUCACCCCUGUGUCUGUACCUACUGAUGAGCAAUUUUUUAAGCGCAUAAACAGUAAAAGGUCAUUUAAUGACCUUUCUUUAAGCAUGAGCAGAUCAACACCACCACCUAUCAUUAAAAGAAGAGUAUCAGCUGCACCGAAAAAAUUCUCUGUACCACCAACUACAGCCGAAGGUUUCUUGGAUCGUAAGCAGGAACUACAAACAAGGGGCAAACGAUCCACGAACAGGUCUUGGAAGACAUAUUACACUGUUUUAUGUGGGCAAUUGUUAUGUUUUUUCAAAAAUCAAAAUACUUUUAUGGCACAAAAUGCUGCUAAACCACCUGUGAAUAUCCUUAAUGCAAUAUGUACGAUACCAAAAGACUACCAAAAGAAAAAGUAUGUGUUUCGGGUCGAAAUCUCUGAUGGAUCUUCAUUCCUUUUUGAAGCUCCUAAUGAUAUCAAACGAGAUGAGUGGAUUAAAAAAAUAUGCUACACAUCACAGUUAUCACCAAGUGAGCAACUCAAAGAUUCUCUUCCUGACAGAGUUUCGAUAGAAGAUGAAACUGAUGAAACAGAAGAAGAUAAAAUGUAUGAGUCUCCAUUUGAAGAAUCAGAAAGAAAAACUUCAAGCGAGAGUUAUGAUGUACCUUCCAAUCGAUCAUCAUUGUCAAAUCAAUCCAGUUAUAAAACAGCUGUAGCCUCGCAGUCGAGUAUUUCCACCUUGCAGGAUGUUCAUUCAGACAGUUCAGAAGAAGAAGAUUACUUUUAUUCUGUGGCUGGUCCUACGCCUCGAGGUAGUGAAGUUUCAAUUGAUGAGGUACAGAGAGAAGAAAUCAAAAAACGAAUGUCUUUACCAUUGAGGACAGAAAGCAGCCAAAAACCAUCUGGAAGCAAAAAGCGAUGGAAGGUGUUUAGUCUUCGAAGAAAAAAUUGAAACAUGAUUAAAUGGAUAUGCAGUUGCUAGUUUUAUGCAACAUAUCCUGAUGAACAGAACAAAAAAUCGUUAUUCAUCUUCAAAAUUAUUUAAUUCAUAUCUUAAUAUUUAAUCAAUGAUUUUUGUUGGUUUAAGCAUUAGUUUCUAUUUAAAAGGCAGUAAAUAUUUGAAGUGCAUACUUAGUAUUGCAUCAAUUAAUUUAGAAAAUAAAACAACAACUAGCAAUAUGUUUCCUAGUUAUAAACAAGUCCAUUAAUUUCCGAGCUUCAAAACUGAUUUCAGAAACAUAACAUUGAUGUAUUCUUAGUUUCUUUAUUGAACCCUUAAUUUCCAUUUCUCACACAUGUACAUAUAUAAAUGCAAAUCAAUGUUUGCAACAUGUUCAUUAUGAAUAGAUAUACAGAAAUGUAUUUAAAAUAACAUUAGAAUUUUGGUAAAGCCUUGUUACUCAACUUACCUGGUGUUCCUCCUAAAAACGAUUUGUAUUUUGGAUUUGUUUCCAUAGCAUGGGAUAUCAUUUUUCAAAUUUCCAAGCGAGAUCAGUCUGUUACUGUAACCUUGCUACUUCAAGUUAUGAUCUAUAUAUUAUAGAAAAGAAAAGUGCAUUUUAUACAUGCCCGUUUUAUUUGAUCUAAUUCUGCUGAUUUGAAAAUUAACUGAAUUACAUGCUAAUACAAAAGUGUUAUGGAUCCCUCGAUUGAAGUAAUUAACGUACAAUUAUCUCACUUAUAGAUGGGUCUAAGCUCUAUUACUGGAUCAAAAUGAACUUUUGGAGUUUCACUAUACUUACUAAGUGCACAAAUUCUUUGAACAACAAAUUAGUAUUUUUCAAAAUGUUCAGUGGGAGCGUCUAGAAAUGUCACUAGUCUAUAAAGCUUGUUAUCAGAUAUUUUUUAUGUUAUUUAUGACUAAUUCAUCUUUUGUA